UAUCAGCCUCUGAUCCAUUAUUUCGUUCCAUUCCAAGGAAGCAAAUCUACUCCCAAUUUCUGCUCCUCAAAAAUCCCUCGAAACCCUAGUCUCCUCAUCUCUUGGCUUCGGAGCUGGGAAAAUGGCUGAAACGGUUGAGCUUCCUAGCCGUCUGGCGAUUCUUCCCUUUAGAAACAAGGUUCUUUUACCCGGCGCCGUAAUUCGCAUCCGCUGCACCUCGACGAGAAGUGUGAAGCUGGUGGAGCAGGAGCUGUGGCAGAGGGAGGAUAAAGGUUUGAUUGGAGUGCUUCCGGUGAGGGUCACAGAAGCUGCAGCUGCGGCUGCGGUUGGUACCUUGGUAUCGCCAGGAUCGGGGAGUGAUAAUGGAGAACGGAUCGUGAAGACUUCGGCUGAUGUAUUCGGCGAUUCUCAGAAUCAGGGUUCGAAAAGCCAGGAGGAGCCUAUACGCUGGUAUAACAGGGGUGUUGCUGCUAGAGCUCUAAAUCUUUCUAGAGGAGUAGAGAAACCAAGCGGGAAAGUAACAUAUGUUGUGGUGCUUGAGGGAUUAUGUCGAUUUAGUGUCCAAGAGAUUAGUGAAAGAGGAACCUAUUUUGUUGCCCGAAUUUCUCGGCUUGAUAUGACAAAGCCCGAGCUGGAGUUAGCUGAACAAGACCCAGACGUUAUAUUGCUAUCUCGCCAAUUCAAGGCGACUGCCAUGGAACUCAUUUCAGUUCUUGAACAGAAGCAAAAAAUUGCGGGCAGGACAAAAGUCCUUCUUGAUACAGUACCUGUUCACAGACUGGCAGAUAUAUUUGUAGCUAGCUUUGAAAUAGGAUUUGAAGAGCAGCUAUCUAUGCUGGAUUCUGUUGACCUAAAAGUUAGACUAUCAAAGGCAACAGAAUUAGUUGAUCGUCAUUUGCAGUCUAUUCGGGUGGCAGAGAAAAUAACUCAAAAAGUGGAGGGGCAGUUAUCGAAAUCACAGAAAGAAUUUCUCUUGCGUCAGCAGAUGAGGGCCAUCAAGGAGGAACUCGGUGACAAUGAUGAUGAUGAGGAUGACAUUGCAGCUCUUGAAAGAAAGAUGCAGAGCGCAGGCAUGCCUCCGAAUAUCUGGAAACAUGCUCAGAGAGAACUACGACGGCUGAAGAAAAUGCAACCUCAGCAGCCCGGUUACAGUGGUUCGCGUGUUUACCUUGAACUUCUUGCUGAUCUUCCAUGGGAGAAGGUCACGGAAGAACAUGAGAUUGAUCUUAAAGCUGCCAAGGAGCAGCUCGAUUGUGAUCAUUACGGUCUAGCCAAAGUCAAACAACGCAUUAUCGAGUAUUUGGCUGUUCGUAAGCUCAAACCAGAUGCUCGAGGUCCUGUGCUUUGUUUUGUCGGACCACCUGGCGUUGGGAAGACGUCUUUGGCUUCGUCAAUCGCCUCUGCUUUAAACAGAAAAUUUGUACGGAUAUCUCUUGGCGGCGUGAAGGACGAAGCGGAUAUUAGAGGGCAUCGUAGGACUUAUAUUGGAAGCAUGCCGGGGCGUCUUAUUGAAGGAUUGAAGAGAGUGGGUGUCAGCAAUCCUGUGAUGCUGCUCGAUGAAAUUGAUAAGACAGGUUCAGAUAUCCGUGGAGAUCCAGCUUCGGCGCUGCUCGAAGUUCUAGACCCCGAGCAGAAUGGAACAUUCAAUGAUCACUAUUUGAAUGUUCCGUUCGAUUUGUCGAAGGUUAUUUUUAUUGCGACGGCAAAUAGGAGUCAACCAAUACCUCCUCCACUUCUAGACCGAAUGGAAGUCAUUGAGCUUCCCGGAUAUAUGCCGGAAGAAAAACUGAGAAUAGCAACAAAGCAUUUGAUUCCAAGAGUUAUUGAUCAACACGGGCUAAGUCCCAGUUUCCUUCAAAUUCCAGAGGACACGGUGAAACUUAUAAUUCAAAGGUAUACCCGAGAAGCUGGUGUUCGGAGUCUCGAGCGAUGUUUAGCUUCCUUGGCUCGAGCUGCUGCCGUGAAAAUGGCCGAACAAGAAUGCAUAAUCCAAGUUGGCAAAAAUGCGCAUCAGCCCACAACUUCGUUGUUGGACACGAGACUUGUUGAUUCAGCUGAAGUCGAAAUGGAAGUCAUUCCCAUGGAUUCCAGGCAUGAUGAGACUGAUGCUUUCACGAGCACAUCAACACUCAUCGUCGACGAGUCUAUACUCGAGAAAGUGCUUGGGCCUCCGAGGUUUGACAAUGGAGAAGCCGCGGAACGGGUAUCAAGCCCAGGGGUUUCGGUGGGACUUGUGUGGACUUCUUUUGGAGGAGAGGUUCAGUUUAUUGAGGCGACAACAAUGGUUGGGAAAGGAGAUUUACAUCUCACCGGACAGCUCGGUGAUGUCAUCAAAGAAUCCGCACAAAUAGCACUCACUUGGGUGAGAGCCAGAGCUGCAGAUCUUAAACUAUCACCUGCUGCUGAAAUUAAUUUUCUUGAAAAUCGAGAUAUACAUAUACACUUCCCUGCCGGCGCCGUACCAAAGGAUGGACCAUCGGCUGGAAUAACUCUAGUUACUUCUCUUGUUUCACUCUUCAGUCGAAGGAAAGUUAGGGCAGACACAGCAAUGACUGGGGAGAUGACUCUAAGGGGCCUCGUAUUGCCAGUUGGUGGUAUCAAAGAUAAGGUUUUAGCAGCCCAUCGUUAUGGGAUCAAGAGAGUAAUUUUGCCGGAUCGAAACAUGAAGGAUUUGGUUGAGGUUCCAUCAGCUGUUCUUGCUGAUCUCGAGAUUCUGUUUGCAAAGAGAAUGGAUGAUGUGUUAGAAUUUGCUUUUGAAGGUGGAUGCCCUUGGAGACAAUAUGCCAAACUAUAGUUAUACCUAAUCUUUCUACUUCCUUCAAAACUGCAGACAUAAAUUUCUAUCAGAGAGACGGAAGAAUCAGUAUAUAAAUGUUAUGGUAUGGAGGCAGAGGUUUCAUUUAUGAUGAGGUUUAUUUGGUUUAAUUUAGCACUGUAUAUUAUGCUAAAUAAAACUCUCAAUGAUAAAAUGUUGUAAAGCCGAGGGUGUUUUUGCUCUUAUUUUUAUUUUUAUAAUCUGUUAAAUAUGUUAGGCUUAUGUACAUAGGGUUGUAUGAGAAAUUAUAUGUAAUUCUGUUUUAAUUAUGGAAUUAAUGUUUACUCUA